AUGGGGACUAUCUCAAAAAUGCGCAUGUAUCAACCUGGUGAGGAGGAAGAAAGACUUGUCGGCCCUAAACCUUAUGUAGAAAGCACUGCAGAGAAACCUUUAAACUAUGGCAAGGCCUUGCUGCCUGGUGAAGGAGCAGCCAUGGCAGCCUACAUUGCUGAAGGCAAAAGAAUUCCCCGUAGGGGUGAGAUUGGCUUGACAUCUGAUGAGAUCCAGUCAUUUGAACAAGUUGGCUAUGUCAUGAGUGGUAGCAGACAUAGGCCUAGGGAAGCUGUACCUCAUCGAAAGAAGAAAAUUGACAUCUCAGCUUGGGUUUGGCCUGAAUUACAAGAACAGGAAAAGCGAUGGAACAAAAUUGUUUCUUGGGUGAAAGAAAAGGACAAUCUCAGGACAUGA